AUGUGCCGCUUCACACCAGAGCCCGAGCUGGAGUCGAUGGGUUCCACCACCCAGGUGCUUCCGACAGUCGAGGACAAGAAGGUGCCCAUCCGUGUAAAGAGGGCAAACGUGGAGAAGCUCAUCGCGGCGGCUGUUGAAGCAACCCAGGAAACAUCGAACAACAGCUCCUUGAAGAGGCGAAUUCGCCAGCGCUUGCACAAGAAACUGGGCUCCAUCCUCUCGAAAAAAGACUUCGCCGCUGCAAUGGACAAGCAUGGAGCUCAGGAAUUCUCAAGCAUUAUGCAAGAGUUGAACCGGGGCACUAACAGUGCUGAUGCUGCUAUGCCUGCUCCUGUUCCUCCUGCGGCUGUUGUUGCUGCUACUGCUGCUGCAGAUGCUACAUUGCAGCCACUGCUGCUACGACGAGGACGAAGACGCUGCCAGUACUACUACUGCUCAUGCUGCUGCAGCUGCCACUGCCGCUGGUACUGCUAA